UUAGCCCGUGAAUUUUGCAUGGUCCAAUAAUUCUACCAUGGGCAGCAAAUUAUUGAUUUGGGUUUGGGCGACUAUUCUUGGGCUAUAUAAGCAUCGGCCCGAACACUUAAUGAAUUUUAGCCUCCCAGAUCCUCUGCACCGCGCCCAGCUCCUCUGCACCGAGCCAUCAUCGCCCCCUCGCACGCCCAGCCUUGCUGCACCAGCCCUGCACCUACGCCCGAGCCUUACACCUACGCCCCUACUCCCUGCUCUGCGCCCAGAUCGUCUGCACUCUGCCCUAGCCUGCACUCUGCUGCGCCCGGCCUUGCUUCCUGCACCAGCUUUGCUCUGCACCAGCUCCUGCGCUCUUCACCAGAUCGCCUGCGCUCUGCUUGCCCUGCUCCGCCCCACUGCUGGCAAUGAUGCCCCUGCACGCCCGAGCCAUCAUCAGCACUCCACGCCCCUGCCUCCCUGCACACCGCGCCUCACCCCAAUCCCGCGCCUCUGCACCGCUGAUUACUACAGCCCUCAUCCUUGCCUCUCAUGCAGAAAAGACAAGGAGUACCGGACAAAUUGGCAUCAUUGAUUGACAGAGCAAGGCCCUUGUCUUUUGUUGCAUUUCAUUUUUAUUUUUAUCAUUUGGGGUAUAUAUAUAGGGCAAAAGCAGAGUAAUAGGGGGUUGGUUGGUUGAUUUUGGGUCUGUUUGCUGGGGAGUCUCGCCUGAGUUUUUGAGAGCAGAAGAAGGAAAUUCUGAGGAGAGGAGGGGGGUCUAGAGAUUGAUUUUGGCUGUUUGAUUUUGGGGGAUUUGAUUUUUUUUUUUCUUUCCCUUGGUUGAUUCUGGGAUUCUUUGGUCCGAGUUUGAGUAUUGUCGGAGGUGGCAGCAAGAGAAAAGGGACUGCUGAACGUCCAGAAUUCACCGAAGGAGAUCGUGCGUUUUCUGGGUUUCUGUUGUCUUAGGUAAAUUACUGGAACUGAGAGGAUUCGGGAGGGGUGGUGAAGGUGAUGAACAGAGCUCGAUCCCGUGGGUGGGAUCCCUCUGUUUGGAUCUUGAUCCGUUCCUUUCCUGAAUUCUUCUCUGUAGAUUUUAUAUAUUCUUCCUUUGAUGCUUUGUGUUGUUUAGUGAUUGAAAUGCUGAAAUUUAUGUGCAUCUGUUGAGAAAUGAAUGGUAGAUUUACUA